AUGGCCUUCAUAUGUGGUUCAUUCCAUAGCCAAGAAGAAGAUAAUUACGAUGUGGUUUGGCCAUUUUCUUCCCCAUCUACAAGAAAAUCAACAAGAAGACGGCACAUUUUCGGUAACCGAAGAAAUAAAAUAGCCACAAACCCAUAUGCGAAUUGCGGGCUCGACAAGUAUGAGGCACUUUUGGCUGAACUUGACCAGAAAAGACAGAAGUUUUUGGCACAAAAAAGGUAUGAAGAUGUCUCCAUGGUUAAGUUCAUUUACAACAGCACGAAUGAACUCGAACCUGUUGUGAUCAAGUUACAAGAUGAGCAUAGAAUAAUACAUCAUAACACAAGUUCAUUAAGUACUCCAGAAGUAGAUCAUAAAAAGGAUGUUUCUUUUAGUAAAGCCGAAGAAGACAACACGAAACCAGUGGUUCAUGAUCAUACUGAAAAGUUUAAGUUGGAUCAAAGUAAAAGAAAGAUUGUGGAAUGGUGGAAGCCUUGUUAUUAUUUUCCUUUGUUUGUGAUCUUGAUCUUGGUGUUAUUGAUGUUUUCGGGACGAUCUUUCGCGAUAUUAUGUACUUCUAUCGGUUGGUAUUUGGUUCCGGAAGUUAACGAGAACUUACAUAAUCCAAAGCAGCCGAAUAACAUCAAAGAAUUGAAAGAGUAG